AUUUCCAGUCAGACAGUGACAGCUUCAACCCCACUCUGUGGGAGGAGCAGAGGCAGCAGAGAAUGACUGUGGCCUUUGAGUUCGAGGACAAGAAGGAAGAGGAGGAGAAUCCAGGGAAAGUCAAGGUGGAGAUCAACCUCAAGCGUUACCCCACGCCCUACCCCGAGGACCUGAAGAACAUGGUGAAGUCAGUGCAGAACCUGGUGAGCAAACCCAGCCUGGGCGUGCGGCCGAUGCCUUUGGACACCCUGCCAGCGAGAUGAGGAUAGGGGAGCUCCGUCCUUCCAUGCCCGAGACGCCGCUCUACCCGCCCAAACUCGUCCUGCUGGGUAAAGACAAGAAAGAGUCGACAGAUGAGUCUGAAGCAGAUAAGAUCCAUUGUCUGAAUAACAGCGUUUCCUCAGGCACUUACUCAGACUAUUCCCCUUCCCAGGCUUCCUCAGGGUCCUCCAACGCGCACGUAAAAAUGGGCUCCCUGCAGACCACGGCUAAAGAAGCAGUGAAUAACUCUUUGUGGGGGAACAGGCUGGCCCAGUCGUUCCCGCAGCCCCUGGAGACCAAGCCAUUGCUGAGCCAGCGGGAAGCGGCUCCGGC